GUUCAGCAGGCGUACUUCCGGUAAAAGUUGUUUACAAUAGUUACUAAAUGUCGUCUGAAACAAAAUCCUAUUUUUGGGUUGCGGAGGGAUGUAAUUCUGAUGAGAGAAAAAGAGGAAGAUAUGGUUACAUGAAAGAUGUAAGAUUUUACCCCUUUCCAACCCAGAAAAAAGCGCCUGCACUAUGAAAACGCUGGCUGGACCUCUUGAGAAGAGAAAAUUACGAGCCAAAGAGAAACCACAGAGUAUGCUCUCUUCAUUUUAAGGAAGGCAGACCAACAGAAAAUCAUCCAUACCCAGAGCUCUUUGCAUAUAAUAAUUUUAAGGAAAGUCUGAAGAUGCGUUCAACAACUUCAAUAUCUAAGAGAGAACAGUGUAUGGUAAAAGACACUCAGUUUGAUAUCUCAGUUCCUCCCCGAGUGGAUUCCCCGGCUGCCAGUGAAAGUGUACUUCAAACACAGAUUAAUAAUGAUAAUUCAUUGUUUGUUGCUGGAGUCAGUGGAGAAUUGAAUGGAAGUUGGCCAGUUAAUCAAGAAAUUGAAGUGACUGAUCAUGAGUGUCCAACAGUUGGAUCUCUUUCUGUCACAGGUACUCAUGUAGAAAUGGACCACUGUUACAUCAGUGGCAGCUUUUGCAGUAAUGACAUGUCAACCAGAGAUAUAGGAAUCCAAACAACACUCACUACUGCAGAUAUCAAGGUUCUGGAGGAGAAAUCAACCAAACUUGAGGAUCCCGAGAAACUCAUGAGAGAACUUUUUGUCAACAAAGUUGUGAAAGAUGACAAAAAUGUACAAAUGUAUACUGGACUACCAUCGAAGACAAUCCUAAAUGGUGUAUAUGAUAUCUUGGAAAAGGCUUCACCAACAUUGAAGUAUUGGUCAGGACAAGGGAGUGCUGCAAAGAAAAAAUAUCAGAAAGACAGUCUAAAUGCAAAGUCAGGCCCAAAAAGGAAGCUCAGCAGAUUUCAGGAGUUUGUUUUAACUCUAGUCAGAUUGCGACUAGCUUUGACUACAUUUGUCAUGGCAGAUUUAUUUGGCGUAUCCACCUCCAGAGUUUCUCAAGUCUUCACCACCUGGAUCAAUUUCAUGUUUACAAUCUUUAAACCUUUAUUAAAAUGGCCUUCCAGAAAUGUAUUGAAAAAAUUCAUGCCUUCAUCUUUCAGAGCUAAGUUUCCAAAUGUAAAUUGUAUUAUUGACUGUACUGAAUUUUUCAUUAAGAAACCAAGAAAUCCAACUGCUCAGUCUCAGACAUUUAGCUCUUAUAAACAUCAUAAUACUUAUAAAGCAUUGGUUGGUGUGUCACCUUCUGGUGCAUUUUCAUUUAUAUCAAAUUUGUGGGGAGGCAAUGUUUCUGAUAGGUACAUCACUAAGGAAAGUGGAUUCCUGGACAACAUACAACCUGGAGAUGAGAUAAUGGCAGACAGAGGGUUUUUGAUUAGGGAUCUUUUGCUUCAUCGCAGAGCUAAACUUAUAAUACCCCCAUUCACAAGGAAGUGUUCCUGGGGUAAAGGUAAAUAUCUGUCUGCCUCUGAAAUUCUAAGAACAAGGAACAUUGCAAAAUUCCGCAUCCAUGUAGAGAGGGCUAUAGGAAGAUUAAAAACAUUUCAUAUGCUGUCCAAUACCAUGCCAACAAAUUUAAAACCCCUUGCUGAUCAAAUGCUUGUCAUAUGUGCAUUUCUUUGUAAUCUUCAAAAGCCUUUGGUCAAAAAGUAAGGAAUUGAUGUCCCAUGGUGGAAUGUUUUACUUUACUUAUAGAUGACACCUGUGUUCAGAAAUAUUUUUUAUUGUGUUCACUUCUUAUAUAAAAUACAUGUAAUAGAACUUCAAUGUAACAAGUAACAUAAAUUUCUUGAAUGAUAAUCAAAUAAAAUCUAAGAAAAUUG